GGGGAAAAAUUGAAACACACUUUUGUGAAAGUGACGUGCUUUCUAUUAAAUGCAUGAGUAAAUUUAGAUUAAGUUGUUUAAUAUAAAAACAGACAAGAACCGAAGCAAUAUAUCGCGGAUGCCUUAGAAAUACUGAAUAAUUUCGAUUUGUUGGUAGUAAGUUGAGCGACAGCGGAGCUUCUGCGCCUGCGUGAUAAACGUAUCAACUUCGCGCGUUUGGAAUAACGACAAAAUGUCUUGUUUUUUAAUCACCAGUCGCUGAGUUGUUUCUUCCAGUCGUUUUGAAGACAGACACCAGGUGGAUUUAGGUCAAAGUUAUUCAUGCACCGAAAGAUGUCACCAACUCAGGACACACAGUUGGAAAAAGUCCUUGAUGAGGCGUUAAAGAGUCGGGAUGUCAAAAACCUCGAUGGAUUUUUGCAAAUGGACAUCUGCGAAGGAACUCCCAUAAAAUGUUCCCAGCAGUUUCUUACAAAGUUGGAUAAAUUUGUUAAGAGGAGUUUGGAUCAAAAAGAUUACAAAUCCGCCAGUUUGGGCUUUGCUAUUCUCUACAAAUGUGGAAAGAACCUGCAGUUCCCUGGUAAUAAAGGACUAUCUGCGAUAAUAGCUCAAGGAUUGAUCAAGAAGAUAAUUCAGUGGUUUGAGAAAUGCAGGCAGCUGUGGAUCCAGCAUGGCCCGCACUGGGAUGAGGCCUUGUUAAACCUUUCUGAGGACCUUUUUGAUGUUUUGAUGGUGAUUCAUGAGAUGUGCAUAGAGGGAACAUGUCAAAUUACAGAGUCCUUCCUUUAUCCGGUUGGGCAGUUGGGAGUGGACCCCAGAAUCUACAUCCUUAUCAGAAAAGAGGCAAUUCGCAAAUUCAACUUAAUUCUGGACAAAAUGCCAGUGGAGCUUAAGAAAGAAAGAAAGAUCCUAACAUCACAGGAGGCCUCCGAUAUCAUGCUCAAGUUGGCUGGUCAGAUACUGGAGGGUGGUGAUUAUGACUUUCAGACAGCCCUUAUGGAAGCAUUGUGCAGAAUGGCCACUCCUUACAAGAGGAACGAGCUAGCAGAUAGAUGGUUCAGCAUGGCGCAUGUGGCCAAAGCCUUUACCAACAUCUGUGAUCCCGAGUUUGAGACGGAUUGUCGCAAGUUUCUGAACUUGGUCAAUGGCAUGCAGGGAGACAGAAGGAGAGUGUAUUCCUACCCUUGUCUGGAGGUUUAUCUGGACAAGCAUGAGUUGCUGAUACCCCCUGAUGAGAAGCUGGAAGAAUUCUGGAUUGACUUUAACCUUGGCAGCCACAGCAUCUCAUUUUACUUCUCUCUGGCUGAUGAAAAUGUGCAGGAGGGGCAGUGGGAAACGAUAUGCGUCAAUGAGAAUGAAGUUAAAAGCUACAAUAUUACAGAAAUAGACAACAGAAAGGUCUUUCAGUUAAACCUAUUAGAAACGUUGGCGGUCAGUGCAGUAGAAGGUUCCACUCUGACCAUUCACUUCAGCUCCUCUCUGGACAUCCUGCAGGCUGCUCGCAGUGUCUACGGACACAGCAAAUACAAAGGCUUAGGAGGAAAGACAAGCACUAGUGUUGUGAAGACCAUUGUUAAAAUACUAAUGGAAGAGAACAGUUCUCAGGUUGUUCCAGAGAGCCAAGUGUCCCUUGGUGAAAGUGAGAGAAGUAAAGCUCCGUAUAUUCUACCUGCCUCAUCUGAACAGAUGGUGACUCCAGCCAAGAUGAAGAUUUCAGAAUCCACCACCAUUAUUAACAGCAGUACUGGAAGAAGUGUCCACACUGCCAGCUCCCUAUCUUCUGUUCUUCCAACAGCCACUAGGAAAAAGGCAAGGCCAUCCCUCAAAAUGGUUCGCUCAUGUAAUAGAAAAAGUGAACGUUGCACAGGUGAUCUAAGGAGAGCAGCUAAGACCUGCAGUCAUGGCACAACACCCAGAAGCACAAAAGCUGGGGUCAUGAAGGAGCAGAACACACACAUGGCAAAAACACCAGGUGUGGUUCUAACUGGAAAGGGUAUUCUGGAGGACAGUUUUGUGCCAGACACCCAGCCCCGAACUGGAACAAACAUCUCAUCUAACUGGAACAAAGUUUCGGUUUCUGAAAUGCUGAUGAUGCCCACACAGAAAAUAAUCACUCAGCCUAGAAAAGAGUCCUACUCAAAUUUGGCACAACAGCAGGGGUUCCCAUCUUCAGCACAGGGAUCAUUAGUCCCAGGCUCAGGCCAAAAGCAUUUUCAUGCUAGACUCAUCCAGAGCCUGCAGCAGGUCCUCUGUGAGAAGAGCCAACGUUGUGCAUUACAGAACAAAACGCCUGAUAACGGAGGGGGCUCCAAAGUCAAACGUUCUUCAGGCCAGUUUGCUUCUAUGUCCUGUUCUCCUAAAGAGCAGCCAAGUGACUUAGCAAAAGGCAAAAAGAAAGGCCAAGUGCCACUGGAGGCAGCUGCUGCUCCAAACAAAGCUUUAGUCAAAGCCUCUACAAGCAACGCCAUGAAGGAGACAAUACCACACAAAGGCAAAAUGGCAGAAACUAGCAGGGUCCUUUCAAGCAAAGAGAAGAGAGAUGCAGAGGUUGCAGGCAGCAUGGUUAAGCUAAUCUCCAGUCAUUAUCAGACCAACAGUGAAUCCACAGCAAAAGAUACAGCCAAAGGUUUUCAACAGAGUUGUGUUUCUUCUCUAGAUAAAAGGCAAGGCUUCAACUUCAGCUGGUUUUCAGCUGCUAAAAAACAUGUAUCUGGAACUGGAACACUAAUGAAAUCCCACGAUAAAACAGCAGCAAACUCUGCAAAACAAGGAAAUGAUAUUUUUGCUUUCAACGGUGAUACACCAGCGGGGGUGAAGAGCAGACUCAAUACUUCCUCUGUCAUAUCAAGCAGUGACAACCAUGCUGCCUUGGUACUUCACAGGAAGAAAGAGCAAAGCACGGCAAAAAAGAAAAGAAAUGUGAAGAAGCAUCUCUUUAGCGACACAGACACAGACUGUGCCUUGACAGACGUCAGCUGGUUAAAAGAGUCGAGCAGAAAACCUAAACCCAAAGUUAACAAAUACACUCGGCGGCAACCCGUCAAGCCCAAAGAAGUGUCAAUUCACACUUCAUAUGAAAUCCCAAAUGUUCCUUCGCCUUCUCCAGUAUCUGCAAGGGGCAAUGCCAAUAAGAGGGAGCUUGAAGCGACAGAGAGAAUGAGACAGCAAAGGAAGACUGUGAAACCAGUAACAGCACCCAAUGGAAAGCAUGCAGGACGCCAAAGGCCCAAGAGAGCUGCAGCCGCUUCUGCCAAGAACUACAAGGAGCCAGAUACUGAUGGGAGCCAGUCGAAAACAGAGAAGUGCCCUGUUCCCAAGCAGAAGAAGAGUCAGGAGACCUGUUUAGUUGUUCCAGGUGUAAAGACGACAAGAAACAGCUCAUGCAGGAGACUGAGUGACAACCAGUCAGAUCAGAAAAAAACACCUGGUCUCAAGAAGCCUGAGUUAAAGAGGAAGUUAAAAAGAAGUGAUGUCCCUGCUAAGCAACUUGUAAAUGCGCUAAAGGAUUCUGUAGCUGCCAACCAGACCUCUGUCUGUCUCUCCUCUCCAUUUAUUGAGAACAUGAGAUCCGCCGAGAGGUCAGCCCCAAUCUUGGAUAUAACCUGUUCGCCUCUGCUCAGCCUGCAGGGAUCCCCACUCCCUGCUUCCCUUGAACCCACAUGCCAGAACACACACCCGCCUCUCAUGCUGCUACCCAAAGUUCGUUCUAUAGCCAGCAGUAAAGAAAAUGUGGAGCCCUCUUCUCUUUACAGCGCAUACAAGAAGCGCAGCACAGCCAAGACUCUGUCUGCCCAGUCUGGCCGCUCUCUCCUCUCAUUGAGGGGUCAAAUCCCAGAACCCAGUAUUCCUAUUGGACCUAGAGCAGAGAUAAGUCCUGUCCAGCAUUGUCUGUCCCCAGCACCUCAGUGCCCUCUGUCUCUUUCUACUCAGCCCUUGUUGACAUCCACUCUCCUUGAGCUGGACAAGCCAUCCAUGCCCUCUCCUUUAAAGUCCCCAUUUCCCAAAGACAUUGCCAACAAUGGCAACCAUAGCAGUUUUGGUGUCUCUGCAGUAUCACAAGGUUCACUGAGCCUGUCAUCCACUAAGUCAUUGGGACUCACCAAGAGAGUUAAGGACAGCCCCAGUUUUGCCCUGGCUGUUUCCCAUAAAACAGAGAAAACACCCUCUUCAGAUAGUGAACUAAGGCCUCAUAUGUCAGGACCUAGUCGCAAGCACCACAUUUCCUCAUCCAGUAAUUCAGAAGAGGAUGAAAUUGAAGAGAGGAAGAAAAACAAUAUGAGAGGGGAGCGUUAUCCUCGGAUGAAGCCAAGAAAGUUAUUCAAAUCUUUUACCGAGGUGUCUGCAGAAAGUGAGGUGAACCCAGUCAUGUCCACUUCCCACACUGUGAGCUUCAGCCGUUGGGAGGAUGAUGUGGGUGAAGGAGACAUGGACAUGGAUGAUGACUUAGAGUUGCCAGAAACUGCUAUAAAUCCAAGAAACCUUUGCCAGCGAUUCAGCUCGGAGCUAAAGAAGAAGUUCCAGGACCGUUUCACGAUGAUGGAGUUUUACAACAAGCAGUCUUUGAAAACUCUGCAGCAACACGUCUCCUCCCUCAAUUUGCAAGUUAACAAACACAGGAGUCAGAGGCAUGAACAGCUUAAGAAGGUCCUCUUAGAAGAGAUCCACAAGUUAGAGCAGAAUGACACUGUUCUGAAAGAGAUGGAGAAAGAUCUAAGUCUCUAUUGGAAAAAGCAGGCUGUGGCUUUCCAUACUCAUCGCGAGCAGGAAACCAGGAGAAAUGCGACCCUGAGGAAAGCCAUUCAGAGUAACUUGUGUUCCAGUUUGGAGUACGAGCAGAAAAUAUUCACAUCCCAGAUGGGCCUGAUAAGAAAAGACAUGAAGUCAAUCCAGGACAAGCUACUCUGUGAGAUGCAGGAGGAUGAGCUACAGAGUGUGAAGAGAGGUCUCCACGCUUUGUUUUUUCCUGAUGGCACCAGGUUUUGAGUUGGACCCUUUCUGCUGGAGGUGUCUGCACUAUAAACAAGGCUGAGUAAUAUACCAUGAGACGCUCUCUGCUGCGUUAGCUUCAUAUCCAGCUGUUUGCCUGAAGUGUUGAAUUUACUGGGUUCUUACAUUUCUUAUAUUGCUUGUGAAUGUGUUUGGUGGCUGUGCUGUUACGAUGCUGGAAAGAUUAGACUGUUAAGAUAUUUAUCAUUUAUAUUUUUAUAGAAAUUUUUAGUGUCAAUAUAGUUAGAAAGGUUUUUUUCCAUUACUACUAAUAUUUGAUAAAUUUAUUGCAAGUUCUGAUUCAUUCAUAUAACUUAGUUAAAUGGUAAAGCAUUUAUUUUCAUGCACCUCUUCAUCCAGAUUCUUCUAUAAAAAUAAAGCUGUUUGAAAAACGA